UCUGGGAACAAACAUCAACGCAAACUUUCUAGAAAAGGACUCCUUUAAUACAAAUAAUUUCCCAGCCUUUCAGGAGAUAGCCAAGUUUCUUGCACGCACCAAUCAGAUUAUUUAGGACCGGUUGUUCCAACUUCUCGGAGCGGAAUUAUCCCGCUUGGAGCCAUCUAUUGAACCAUGAACCAUGAACCAUGAAUGAACGAACGUAGCUGUCAAACCAAUCAGCUGUUGUCAAUUCACAAAAUACAGUGAUACUAAAAUGCCAAAUUUUUGGAGGAUGAUUAAUGAUCCGGCAUUAUGUGCUAAUCAAAGGAUGGACUAUGUAAAAUGAAAUUUCCCAUAUUCCUGUCCCAAACGUCUAGUACAUAAUUGAAGUACUCAAUUCUGUGCAGCUAGUUUUUAAUUAUAGGAUAUACAGGCGUGUAGUGUGUAACCUAUGAAUUUAGGCGUAUUCAACAGAGUUAAUCUCAAGGAUUCCCAAGGAGGAAUGUAUUCAGAAUGGGCUUCGCUAAGUACUCUGAUCCAGCAGGGUUCAGAGGAAAGUCAGAGUGUACUCGAAAAGUUUCCUCCUGGUGCAGGAAGAGAUGUAGCACUAUCUAUAGUACGUCAACUUGCAGCUAAUCUUGGUAUCACUCAAGCAGGAGAGCCUAGUCCACUCUGCACUGACAAAGAAGUCCAAUGGUGCAUGGAAGUGAUAUGUUUUGGAUUGUCAUUACCAUUGGCUGAGCAUGAUACUGUCAGAGAUUGUGUCAACAUAUAUUGCGAAUGGCUUUCUGCAUUGUAUUCUGCACCAAAAGUUUCUGUACCAGGACCAAUUAUAGAUGACCCAAACUUCUAUGCAAGGAAAAUUAUAAGCCAUUUUCACAAUUUAUUUGUCCCAAGAAAAGGAGAAGUCUGGCCUUUUUUAUAUCAGGAUUUAGGUACAGAUACAAUAAAUCGACAGGCUGUUCUGUGUCAUCGAGUAUUAAGGACUUUUCAGCAGAUUGCAAGAGGUCCAGCAACUUUGGAGAGAGAAACGUGGGAAAGUCUGCUGUUGUUUCUUAUUGGUAUUAAUGAUGCUUUACUGGCACCGCCGGCGACUAGAGAAGAUGCAGGGGAACAGCUCUGUGAAAGAGUACUUGGUGUAUUGUUGGAGGUAUGGCUGGUAUCUUGCGAACGCAGCUUUCCAUCACCUCCUUUAUGGCGUACGUUACGAGAAUCUUGCCUGCGAUGGCGACACAGAUUAGCUUUGGUGGAACAAUGGAAUCGUGUAUGUCUCGCUCUAACGGCAAGACUAUUACAGAUUAUGUAUGGGCCGAUGUUUCCUGAAUUGAAGAUUAGUGAGGAAGACACACAAUUGGUACCAUCCACUAUGCCAGACGAAGCAGUGGCGCAAGCAUGGUACAGGCUGCUACGUACUAUCGGCGACCCCGUAGAUCUGUGUAGACCUGCUAUUGUUUCGCAAACGCAAGCAUUUCUACAAUAUGCUAUCGCUAGUCCAAACGUUAUAGAUCCCUGCCAACAUCCAUGUCUGCAGAAUUUGCCGCAAAUAUUUUUGAAAGCUAUAAAAGGUGUAGCAAGCCAAGUUGACGCUUUUCUCGGAGUUUCACAGGCAUGCUGCUGGGAAGAAUGUUGUGUAUCCAACAUUACGUCGGGAAAUAGUAACAUAGGAGGUGGGGGUGUCGGAUGGGACAGGUCGGGUGGCAAGGAUCAGCCUCAGCCUUCCCCUACACCCCCAACGCAACGCAGACUUGCCAAAAGUUUCAGUGUCACACCUUCUGCGGUUACUAAGGGAAUUCCAAAAGCAUCAUUAAUUGGGUUAACAACAAGUCGUGUGAUCAGUACACCACCGAUGCUAAUAUCCAACUCCGGGCCAUCGUCCGCUUCGAGUACAGCAUCUAUGACUUCGCUCGGUCAGGACAUUAGGCCUCCUUUAGCUCCAGGACGUCCUAAAUGUAACAGUAUACUACAUCUCUUCGGAGAAUGGUUAUUCGAAGCUGCAUUUAUUGGCACUGAAGGCUGGUCGCAAAAUUUACCGCAACCAUCAGGUGCUUCGAAACGUCCAUCCUCGGUACUCGUCGAUGGACCAAGUUCGUUACAAGAAACCAUAACCGAUGUACCAUCAACGCUUUGCAUAGAUCGCUAUGAGUCAGGCAGAGCAGAGGCAUUGGGCGCCCUAUGCAGGAUAUUUUGCGCCAAGAAGACAGGCGAGGAGAUCUUGCCUGUAUAUCUAUCUAGAUUUUACCAAGCGAUGUAUCAUGGUCUCAAGGUGGACGAAUUACAUGAAUGUGGCGAAACGUUGGCGAGUAUUUUGUUAAAUUCAGCUGACUUGUUUCGUCUCGAUCUAAACGGUAUACAAGUAUUAGUGCCGGCAGUAUUAUCCGCUUUAGAAGUCGUCCUGCCAGAAAAAGACUUGAAACUGAAAUCCAAUCUAGUGUCAAAGCCAGAUUUGAGAAGAGCUUCGAUACAUCUAUUGAUAUCGAUGUUAACGUUGCCUCUGCACUUUCAGAAUCUCGCCAUCAAGGAACUCCCGACAUUUCCAGGCACAAACUCACUCGAAAAAACUCCCAUAACAUUUGUACAAUUAAAAUCGAGACUCAUGAAUUUACUUAUAAACGCUUUGCAAGUGGAAACUGAUCCUCAAAAUACACAUAUGUUGUUGGGGGCUCUUUUACUGAGUGUACAAGAUUCUGCAGAAGCGGAAGAAGUGGAACAAGUCACGCAGCCAGAUGUCGUGGCGAAUGAUUCGACUACCAAUCUAUUAUCUUCAGUCACCAGCGAUUCAGCCAGUCAAAUAAGUAUAUCCAGUGAUCAGCGAUCAAUUGGCGAUGCCUCUGAUAUUGCGACUCUUCAAGAGGAAUGCAUUGCAUUCGACUCCGCGCACGCUCUUUUUGUACGCGCUACGUACUUAGUGUGUCAUCGUCUGAUUUCCUCGUGGAAGACUGACUUGAAUAUUUCUCUGGCAGCGCUAGAGAUGCUGUCGGGAUUAGCACGCACACAUAUUCGUGAAACAGCGAGGAAACUUACAGAUGCAUUGGAAUGCAAAAGAGCAGUGAAAUGGUUGUGCGAUUAUAUUGCAUAUCAAUGUUGGCGUCCACCUCCAGCACAUUCUAAAGAUCUUCACUCUUCCAUCGUUGCAGCGUUCAGUUGCUUGACAACUUGGUUGACUGCACAUCCACAAUUAUUGCAGGACAAAGAUUGCUUGACCACAGUAUUAGAAGUUGUUGAACUCGGAGUAUCUGGCACUAAAAGCGUUGGAAAACCAGGUGAACCCAUCAAAAUGAAGGAUGAGAAAGAAUUGAAGCCUGCGUCUAUGCGUGUAAGAGAUGCCGCUGACGCUCUCCUUACUAUUCUAUUAGAACAGGUCGGCUAUUUUCCUAGUGCCUGUGGAGCGCAGUCACUUUCAUCGUUAUUGGACGAAGUUUCAUUGCUUCGGCACUGUAACAGUUGGACUGGUGGACGUGUGGCUCGACAAGCGGCCGUAGAGAGAUUUCGUUAUUUCGUCUCUGAAAAUGCAAUAGUUCUGGCUCUGUUAGAGGAGCCUCUGGGAAACGAUCAGGAUCCUCAACCAACUGUGACUGUUCUUAUUCGCGGGCCAUUCGGCAGACACGCAUGGACGAUGCAGCUGCGUCAUUUACCGCGUCACCGGUCCAGCAUUAGAAGCAUCAACAACAAUCCCGGUAGACCCUUGCCUUUAGCUGAGGCCGCACCACAGACGGAUUAUAAACCAAAAUUCUUCCCGGAUAAUGUGGAUCGCAUUCCCCAUUGUAAAGUGGAUGAAUCAAUACCAAGUCUCGAGGCAGUUAUGAGCGAUAACGACGCAGUACGGAAUGAACAUCAGAUUCUCGCGCAACUCUUAGAGCGUCAAAUAACACUUGAGACUAAAUAUGAUAACGGCAAUAUAAAAAAUACGGAAGAGAAGAGCGACGAGUGCGUGCCACCGCAGAUCUGUCAUGAAUUUCAAACGGCUCGACUAUUUUUGAGCCAUUUCGGCUUCUUAAAUGUGGAACCUAAGGAAAAUGAGGAAUCCAGAGAUACCGGGCUUAUCGCUCUAGAUCCGACCAUUCCCGGAUUCUGUAUGGAUUUGGAAACAUUAGAUAACAUCAGUCCACGAACAUGUGACACCGUUCAUAUUUUUUAUGUAAAAGCAAGUCAGAAAUCUACAUCUGAAAUAUUAUCAAACGUGUUGCAUGAGGAAAAUGUAUCGCCGAAUUUCAUGGAGUUCUUAAGUUCUCUCGGCUGGCCCGUUUCUGUAUCUGCUCACGCAGGCUGGACCGGUCAUGUGUCCACUUCUUGGAGAGCGACAGCACAGAUGAAUGUACCGCAACCUGCUCAUAGUAAUCACGGCGGUGCGCUUUACAAUGGUGAUACACAUGUGUUGUACUGGGCCGACGUAAGUUCAGAAAUUGCAUUUGUGGUGCCUACUCAAUCAUAUCUCAUGGCCAGCUCAGAUUCGCUAGAAGAAACUAGCAGUUACAGCAGUGAUAUCAGCAGUGGUCAAGCAUGGUUUGAAAGAAGUAUUAGUGAAAGCACAGAUACUAGGAUCUCUAGUAUAUCACAAAAUACAGCGCAGACUUCAAGAGCGAUGUCGCUCGAUUUGGAGAAACAGCCGUCGAGCUUGUCGGGAAUAGGUCCGAUAAAUUCAUCAAGUGCAGAUCCUAUCAAACCGAGAAGAUCGUUGAAACAGUCUUUACCAUUGCAAACUAAUACAAAAAUCAUGGUUGUGUGGUUAGAGAGUUUAGAAGAUCAUAUCCAAUUUCCGAUCGGUGAUCUACUUCCUUCUACUUGCACCGGACUAGAGCAAUCAAGAAUUAUGCAACCAACUGAUGUACAAGUUAUCUUUUUACAAGCUCUUGCUAAUGGUUUGAUGAGAGUCAGAUUGCAAGGACCAGUUUCUAGAAUUAAUCUAGCAACACCUCUAAUCGACGGUAUGGUAGUGUCAAGAAGAGUUUUGGGAACAUUAGUUAGGCAAACAGCUCUUAACAUGGGACGUAGAAAAAGACUCGAUAAUGACAGUUAUCAUCCACCACACGUACGAAGACGCUUGAAAAUUCAAGAAAUGGUACAGAAAUACAAGAGAAAUUUAACAGAUCCCGAAUUAUUAACGCUUUUAUUUAGCAGUACUCAGACUUAUCGAAUAUAAAUAAAUUUCUUCAAAGAUUUCAAAUGAUGUUGAAGAUAGAAGCAAUCUGAUAACAUUAUUGUAAGUUUAUGCAAUUGCUUGAAAUGACACAAUACAUUCUAUAUCCUAUAUGUUUUAAUAUAGAUAUGCAUAAAAGUCUGUAUUUUAGACAUCAUUUUAUUGCUCGUCAAACUGGUGUUGUAGAUAACAUUGUAACAUAAAUUAUAUCCAUACUUCAUAAUCUGAUAAUUACAUCGAUA